CCCCCCCCCCCAGAUGUUAGCCAUGCAAAUGAGUUACUCGUGAUGCAAAGUCAUCAGCGCUGUUGCUUGGCCUUGGAGGGCUUAAAACGUGGCUCUUUGGCGCCGUCUUGAGGACUUAUUCAAUAGUGACACGUCAAGGAAAUCCACGAGUGUUUCGCGGGGCGCUCUUUCCAUCUCCGACACCGUCCCCGUCACCUAUCCGACUCCGACAGUGUCCUCCUCACUUUUUCUCCGUCCGUCUUCAUUCCCUUUCAAAACCACCAUGGGAGCAAGAUUGUCGCGUUUCACCAAACGAGCUGUGGAGAAAUCACGCGAAAGUGCAUCCAGUCUUUGUUCGGAUCUCUUUUUAAAUAUUAACAAGUUGACAUGUCAUUUCUGACAGCAGGGAGAGAACGAUUUACCGGCUCCACGAGAGGAACGCGUUUGGACCUUAAAGUGCAUCAGCAUCACUGCGAGUCCUCCCGAGUUUGCGCAACUAUUAAAGGAGACCAUUGCGUCUCUCGUACGGACGAGCGCCCCGCUCCAGAGUGCACGAAGGGAUUCGGGAGCGACCCGCAUCGGAACAUGUACCACCCGAGAGCAGAGGCGGUCCCGUCCUAUAGGACUCUCCCUGGUUCCGUGGGAGAGCGCAUCGUGUCCUUGAGCGACACCUUGCGCAAAAAUCGCGGUCUCGGGAGGUCCGAGAGCAAAGAUGCGUGCUGUGAAAGAUGCUCGGCCACCCUUGUCGCUCUCAAGAAACAAGCGCUCAGUCUUUCUGUGCACCAUCACUUCUCCUGUCAGGACACGAGUGACCUGUGCGCAUUCCUCCAAGACAACCUCCGUGUCCACAGCCGGUCCAGCCCAGAGUCCAGAGACCGGGGCAGGGAGCUGGGUAAAUGCGCCACCUGUGGCACAAUGCUGAGCCAGCUCAAACGCGAGGCAGCGCACUUGGCUCUCAACGGAGGUCAUGAGUUACCCGGCGCCAGGACUGCCGCGCCGCUCGGCGACCGAUCCGCCUCCCAACCGCAUGGCCUGAAUCAAAGUCCCAGGACACCUCGGAGCCCCAGAACGCCUCAGAGAACCCCGCAGACCCUCAGGCGGAGGCUCGCCAAGCCCCCCAAUCAGGAUACGGAGCGUGCGGUCGAGGAGCAGCGCCGCGCGUCUCCUGAUGGGGUUGCUUUUUAUCCCCAUCAUCAGGCCUCAGACAAUGCCGUGUUAAGAUGUAGCGACGUGGUCCACGCCGCCUCCAAGCUUCCUCACCUCUCCAAAGUGGUGAGCAUCGCAAACUCCGCCGCCAUGUCCUUCUUGGCCAGGGCGGCGGAGAAGCUCAACCUGACGUCGAGGAGAAAAGGCCAGCUUUCCCACGCCGCUUCCGCUCGUCUCUCCGACAGCUACAGGGACCUGAUCCAGAAAACCCCUCCUGCCGUCCCCCCCUGCCUGCUCCAAGCUGCUAUCAGAACCAAAGACUCGCCCAACGUUGGCAAGGUCAAAGUGGUGUUGCGAGUGAACCCGGCGACGAGCGAAGGUCAACCUCAGGUUCUGCACAUCGACCCGACCAAGAAAAGAGCCAUUUUAUUAGAACCCAUGCGCCAAAGUCCACCGCGCGCUAAGAAGACCUCCAGCAGGGACCUUCUCAAGGCCUUCCAUUAUGACGCCGUCUAUCCUCAAGACUCCAGUCAGACCGAGGUGUGCGCAGGCGUUUUGACGGACGCCAUCCGCUGCGUGCUGAGCGGCAGCGACGGAUGCGUGCUGGGUAUGGGCUGCGCCGAUGUGGGCUCCUGGUCCAGCAUGCUCGGCAAUGCCGAGAGCGUCCAUAAGCUCGGGCUGAUUCCGUGCGCCAUCUCCUGGCUGUACGGCGCCAUCGAGAAGCGGCGGGAGAAGACCUGGACGGAUCUGACCGUGUCCGUAUCUGCGGUGGAACUCUGCUGCGGGGAGGAGGACACGCUGAGAGAUCUCCUGGGGGAGGUCGUCCCUCCUUUAGGCGGCGUGCAGGACAGCCCGAGGGCUCACAUUCGGCUGCAGGAGGACCCCGUCCACGGCAUACAGCUGCGGAACCACAAUCGGGUGAAAGCUCCGAGCGCCGAGCGCGCCGCCUCCCUCCUGGAUGUGGCCAUAGCGGCGCGCCGGCACAAUGACUUCACCACCUUCUUGUCGCACAGCUCCAUCAUGUUCUUCACUCUGCACGUGCAACCCCCUCGCACGCAAGAAAGCGGCGCCGUUGGGAAAGGUGCACGGGGCCCAACCAAGUUGACCCUGAUUGACGUCUGCGGCGGCAUGAGGGGCGGGGUCGGAUACAUCCGAAAUAAACUUCCGCAUUCAGACCUGGGCCCCGUUGUUUUGUCGCUACUGAGCGGACAUAAAACCAUCCCCAAAAAGGGCAGUAAAUUAACCAUGCUCCUCCGCGAGUCCUUGAGUCACGCCAACUGCCACACCGCAGUGGUUGCUCAGGUUGCCAAUUCGCUGGCGCAGCUCCACGAAACCACCUCCGUCAUCCAGCUGGCCUCUCGCAUCCGCAGGACGCAGAAGAGGACCAAGCAAUCCGGCUCUUGCUCACCCGGUGGCAGGAGUUUGACUCGACAAAAAAGAGGCCCCCCGUCUUUUUCCCUGCGAGCGUUCCACUCCACGGACGAGGUCGACGUCGACGUGCAACGUUUUCGGCUCCGCGGGGAGCUGGAUGAAGGCUCCGGUAGCGAGCGGUCCUGCGAUACCGUCAUCCAGAUAGACUCCGAUGGAUCCAUCCGGCCGAGAGCUCCCCCCAAAUUAGCAAAACCGGAGUUCGUGCCCAUCAUACCCUCCUUACAUCCGUACAAGGCCGACACGGACGACCCGGAGUUCACCGCUUUACUCCAAGAGCUGCUGAAAAUUCCCAAACUCCGCGGGGAGAACGAGAAAGACGAGGCUCAAGGGCAGACCGAAAUGCCGAAAGCUGAAAUGAAGAAGCCGGAGAGGGACUGUCUGAAAUGCGACACGUUUGCCGAGCUUCAGGAGCGCUUGGGCUGCAUCGACGGAGAGGAAACGACGGAUUUGUUGAAGGCGUUCUCCCGAGGCCCUCCCGCGAACAACGCCGCGCAAAAGUCACCUUCCAACAAAGAGACGGGCAAGCAGGCUACCGCAGAAACGCCGCCGCCGCAGACGUUGAAGCCAGGGCUCGGCUUCGGUCAGACGUCGGGUCGGGAAAAACAAACGGAUGGUGCCUUUGGCGCGGAGCAUUUCCAGAGAGAGGACUCUGGUCUUUACGAUUGCGAGGAGUGCAGCGCAACCAGUUCCAGCGAGGAACCGCCCAAUCAAACUCUCAAUCGGACCGCGGCUCGUCGCUAUCAGUUCCCCAAAACCGGAGCGAUUCAGUCCGCCGACACGCUCCGUGGUGCUACCGACGCUUGCAUUCAGCCCACGGGGAGGCGGGACAGUCAAGAAGCCGCAGACUGGUUCAAAGCGGACAAUAGGACUUCGCCGGUCGGAAAGAGUUUACCCGCAUCUCCGCCUUCUCCUCCCCGCAGCCCUUCAAAACAUUUACAGAGCGGUUCCCCGUUUACGGACGUGGCGGCGAAGGACCUCCAAAAGGAUGCGAAGGAAAUGACGGCGACCAUCACCGUUACCGUACAACAGCCGCUGGAUUUCAGAGGUCAGGAUGAACUCGUCUUCUCGAUGGUGGAGGAGGUGACCAUCGGCGCGCUCGACGGCGGCAGGACGGGAGGCAACGUCAUUUGUAUCAAAGACACCACCCGGUCAACAGCGCGCCCGCAAGGUUCUGCCGGAGCGCAACCCAUCCGGAUCAUCGGCAAUAUAACGGAGGAGGACCCUGCGGCAGCAAGUCACGCCGAUGCCGCCCACGGCGCUUUUGUUCGACCGGGAGGUGCGGCGACUGGAAAAGGAACCUAUCCUUCAAGAAGGGAAAGAUCGCUUCCUUCGUUUAUAAACCCCAUGCCGGUAAAUGCGGAUGAACGGUGCCGUUCGGAUGACACGGAAGAAAGACGAACAACGGGGACGGCAGCCAAAUGCCCGCCGUCCGCCUCAGGCAAGAUCUGUAACCCGAGCGGCGGUCGCAUUUCCCGGGACGCGGCAGUCUUGGAACGUGGAUCUUUCCGUCAAGACAGUGCAGAAAGCAAAACGUCUGACGAGGGGAUCCGAAAUAUAGACAAAAGCCACCACGGAGACUGGGAGCGAGUUUACUCCGCCGACCCUCCAAAGGCCCUGCUGGGGGAUGACUCGGCUCGCCCGCGUGUUGGGAAGAGUCGGGUCGCCGGCGCUACUUUGGGUUGCCUGGAAACAAGCGCCGAGUCCUUGAAUACGGGUAGUCUACCUCGAAGCUGGCUAAACGCCAACCGUCACGUGGCAGCCGACGGAUGGAGGGACCCGAGGGGGUUGACAUCAUCCACUCCGUGCAGCCCCGGGGCAACCCUAGAGAGGAGGCGGGGCGAGCCGUCUUCCCCGGCGGGCCGCAACCUCCGCUAUAGCCCUCCGCUGAAAUAUGAAACGGACUACAAGCGGGAGGCCGGGAGACCGCUGGGAAGGGGUGUCGGAUUAUCGUUUGAGAGCUCAAAGGUCGGGAUGAAACACGAUCACACCGCCGGGAGGGUGAUGUCACCCUUGGAGGAGAGCGGCAGUCUUUUUCCAGCCGAAAGGGAUCCGUUGACCGGCAAAUCCCUCGGGAGGAACGCGUGCAACUUGCCAUCUUUUGACAGGGGGGGGAGCUACAAGAAAGGUUCCGACUGCUCCGGCAAAGGUGCUCGCAAAGGCGAUUGUACAAUACCGAGAGCCAGCAAAACCUCCAGGAAGACUCGCCAGGCGAGCCACGGUCACAGUCGCGUCCCUUCCGAAACGGAAACUCACCCCAGGCCCGCGCAUUCAAAGCUGUCUGCUGUAGGGAAACUCAAGCUAGCCUGUCCCAAAGUGCGGCGCCUGUCCGCCCCCAGCAUCAAGAACCUGAGUCUCCCCCGUAAAGGCCCGCAGCAGGCCAUCAACCGCAGCGCCAGCCUUUCCCCGGACGGCAAAACCGUCAACUUUGAGAGGACUUCCUCAUGGGUCUCCUCUUCCCCUCCGGCCUCCUUCCGCUCCAUCAGCCGGACGCCCAGUCAAAGCUCGGCGCGCUCAUCCGCAAAAUCCGCCAUUCAGGGAUUCGCCAACGGCCGCGUUUCAGACUUCCUGAAAGAAAGACCCGAGCGGGCGGACCCGACGGGGUGCUUCCCUUCUCCCUACAGCCAAGUCACCUCGCCGCGGACGCCGCCUCACAUGAGCGGACACGCGAGCGACACCACCAGUGUGCUCAGUGGCGAUUUGCCGCCGGCCAUGGGGAAAACGUCGCUGUAUUUCUCAAACAGGCGCAGUACGAUGAGCAGCGGCUACGAUAGCUUGGUGAGGGACGGCGAAGCCGCAGCCAGCUGCGCAUCCAACGGAGAUUCCGUAAGCGACGGGAGCGGCUCCCUUCUCAGAGAGGCUCACGGGGGCAGAUCAUCUCAGCGGAGAGGCCACGCAGGCGCUCACCCGCGUCAUGUUUCCAGCGACGCCCCCCUGGCCGCAAGACAAUCGUCUAGCGGUCUGCAAUCUGGCCGGGCGGAUCAAGGGAUCCCAGAGGACUACGACGUCAAAGUAUACCGCAUUGACAACGCGCAAGCGGUGCAGAAAAAAGCGACUCGCCCGCUUCAGCGGCAGCAAGCGACGCUGUUUGGAGCUCAGGCGGGCGAUCAGAGACGUCACAGUCCAGUCCCGCAAAUUGAGCAAAGAUCUGGAGCAGGUCGGAUAGAAUCUCGCGCAGGUGCACAACGCGCAGAGUUCAAACGGCAAGCUUUGGCGGAGUUUCGCGGCGAGUUCUCUGGAGCUCCUGGGGGACCUUGAGGAGAGGUGAUCGGAAGAUUGCGUGGCGAUGAGAAGCCAGCGGCUCCUUUGGUGGAUGCCCCCCCACCCCCUCACAGGAAAGUCUCACAAUGGAACUGCGCUUCAUUUAACACCCAGAGAACACGGUGGUUAAACUCGUGUACACACUACAUGUAAGUUAACUACACAAAUCACCAAUGGAUGAAAUACAUGCCACCUUAAUGUUUGUUUUUAUUGUCAGAUACUAUCAUGUCGAAUUUGCCUGUAAAAAAAAAAAAAAAAAAAAAACCCAAAAGGAUC